CUCUGUGAUGUGUCGCGGAGUCGCCGGUAGGGUUCGGUGUGGCGAGGGGGACCUGCUUCUCUCUUUGUGAGAACAAGCGAGUGAGGGAGGAAGGAGGCUGAGGAGGAGGCCAGGACUGAGCAAGGACUAAAGUAAGACUGAAAGGGGAGGUGAGGGGUGGACUGGUUGUUGGCAGCAGCCUGUACCGGAAGUGGCGGUGGCAGUCGAGGCGACGCACCGUGAGGCAGCUACUUGACUAGGCCACAGCCGCCAUGGCGAUGAAUUUCGGGGACCAUGCCAGCGGGUUCCGCCACAAUGAUGUGAUCAGGUUCGUCAACAAUGAAGUCCUCACGGACGGCAGCGGCCAAGCCUUUUACGUGGCCUUCCGCUCGCGGCCGUGGAACGAGGUAGAGGACCGGCUUCAGGCCAUUGUGGCCGACCGGCGGGUGCCCCGCGCCAUCAAGAGGGCCUGUACCUGGAGCGCUUUGGCUUUGAGUGUGCGAGUGGCCACGAGGCAGCGGGAGGAGCUGCUGUACCAUGUUCGGCGGCUGCAAAUGCAUGCGGAGGAGCGCCAGAUGACCUCCUGGGCCCUAACGUCCCAGCUGCAGCAGCUGCGCCUGGAGCAUGAGGUGGCGUCAACACAGCUGCACCUCGCGCAGGCUGCCCUGCAGCAGGCGCUGAAUGAGCGUGAUGGGCUGUACGGGAGGCUGCUCCAGAUCGAGAGGUUUCCCCAGGCCGCUCCACUGGCCCAUGAAAUAAUGUCUGGGCCGCAAGCAGAGCAGAAUGGGGCUGUGGCAUGUCCCCUGGCUACAGAGCAGCAGAGCGAUAUGGUGGCCAUGGGGACACAUGCUAAUGCCCAGAUGCCAACCCCGACAGAUGUUCCUUAUGUGCCAGAACCUCUGAGUCCUUGGGCCCAGGGCAUGCAACCCCCUCUGCCAGUGCCACAUCCAUUCCCACACCCACCACCAUUCCCAAUGAAAUUUCCAUUCUUGCCACCUCUACCACCUGCUGUAGUCAUGGGGGCAGAAGCAGCAGCAGGCCCACUUCAGAUGCCUCCUACUGAGAUCCACCCACCUUGCCAGUGGCCUGCAGUGGGCUUCCAGCAGGAGAUGGCCCCUCUGUGGUACCAGAGAAGCUACAUCCAGGAGGAAGGUUCCAAAAUCCUUCAGGGGUCAUUCCCCUUAGGAGACAGCAGAAGCCACAGCCAGGAAGAAGGUUCAGAGAAGUCCCAAAGAAUGCCCCUCCCCUGGGACAGUGGGUGCCACAACCCGCUGUCAGAGAGUCCCCAGGGGACAGCCCCACUGGGGAGCAGCGGAUGCCACUCCCAGGAAGAAGGUACAGAAGGACCCCAGGUGAUGGAUCCCCUGGAGAACAGAGAGAGACAAAAUCAGAAAGAAGAUCCAAAGAGGGCCUGGAGGAUGCGCACCCUGGUGUUUCGCAGGAGCCGCAAACCAGAAGGUCCAGAGGGGCCCCAGGGGACUGUCCCCCAGGGAGACAGCAGAAGCUAUAGCCAGGAAGGAUGUUCAGAGAGGGCCCAGGAGAUGGCCACCCUGGUGUUUACCAGGAGGCGCAAACCAGAAGGUCCAAAGAGGCCCCAGUGGACUGUCCCCCCGGGGGACAGCAGAAGUCAUAUCAAGGAAGAAGGCCCAGAGAGGCCCCAGGGGACUGUCCUCCAGGGAGACAGCAGAAGCUAUAGCCAGGAAGGAAGCCCAGAGAGGGCCCAGGGGAUGGCCACCCUGGUGCUUAGCAGGAGCUGCAAACCAGAAGAAGGUCCAGAGAGGCCCCAGGACACUCCCCUGGGGGACAGCAGGAGCCAUGGUGUCAGAGAAAGCCCAAAGAAAUGGCAACCUCAGAGGCAGAAGGCCAAGAAACCAAAAGUGAAUAAAGUCUCAGGAUCCCAGCAACAGGAGAAGCCUGCCUCAUUUCCAAUUCCAAUGAAUUGGAAAUGCCCAUGGUGUAAAGCCAUUAAUUUUUCAUGGCGUACGGCCUGCUAUAAAUGCAAGAAAGCCUGUGUGCCAUUUGAGAGUGGAGGACAAAUGCAAUGA